AUGGCUUCACAGAGCUGCCAGAGGGGCCCGGAGAAUGCACACAUGCACCCCAAGGGGCCAUGUUGUUCUGCUCUCUGCUUUUUCUCGGAGGGCUCACGAGUGGCAGAGUGGCCCGAUGGCUUGCUGAGUUUACUGUUGCUUCUGUGGUGCCUGCUGCCCUCAGCAGGUGGACUGGAAUUGGAGAUGGCAGGGACCACUCAGAUAGUAUUCCUACAUGAAGAUGUCACCAUACCCUGCAAAAUCCUUGGCUCUCCGCACCUCGACCUCAGUAUUGUGGGAGUCAUCUGGUCUUUGAAGAAGGACGGGGAUGAAUCCGAGGUCCACGUGUUUAAGUUUUAUGGAGAUCACUUAGAGGUAGUCCGGCCUGGAGCCAGCGUGUCCUUGUUGGGGCUAGAACAUGGAGAUGCCUCACUCUACCUACCCAGGUUUGAGCUAUGGGAAGCAGGAGAAUACCAAUGCAAGGUCGUGGUGACCCCUGAAAAGAAAGAGGGGACAACCAGGCUAGAAGUCGUUGCUCACCCUAACAUGAGUUUGUCCGAGAAACCAGCUACAGCGAGAGAUGGUAAAGAGAAACUCAUCAUUUGCCAGCUGGAUGGAUUCUACCCAGAAGCCCUUGACAUAAAGUGGAUGGGGUGUGCCCUGAAGGAUUCCCACUUCCAAGAGAUUACUGAGGGUGUAGUCACCGGUCCCACUGUGAAGAAUGAUGAUGGCACCUUCAGUGUAACCAGCUCCUUGGCCCUGAAGCCAGCUCUGGAAGACCAUAUGUACCAGUGUGUGGCGUGGCACAGAUCCUGGCUCAUGCCCCAGAGUCUCAAUGUCACCGUUUUUGAGAACACCCGGGAUGCCACUCAUGGAAUAGUGCCACCCACAGCUGAAGCGGGUCCUCCUGUGUCAGAGCCAAGAUCCACGAUGAUAUAUGUCACCAUCAUAGGCCUCUGUAUUCUACUGUUUUCAGUGAUAGUUUGUGGCCUUUGGAAAUGGAAAAGACUUGCGACAUCCAACACAGGCCUGUGUCUCAGACUUGAUGUCAGGUGUGUGCGCUGUUUGCCAUCCUUCAGGAACACUUAA